AUGUCCAUCCCACGCCCACCACUCAACGCCGACCUCGCCGAGGCGCAUAAGAACAUCCCUCUCCUGGAACUCACCACCCAAGCGGAACGAGACACGUACCGCGCCUCGCUCAACGCCAUGAUCACCGUCGACUCCAUCCUUCGCGGCAAAGAAGACACCAUCACCUACACGGACGUCGACAUCCCCGGCCCAGCCGGCCCCCUGCGCGCCACCAUCUUCGCCCCCAAACACCGCACGCGGCCCGCCGCCACCACCCCGGGGAUCCUCCACCUCCACGGCGGCGGCCUGGCCACCGGCAACCGGUUCCUGGGGCUCACGAUCCUCGACUGCGUCGACGCCCUCGGCGCCAUCUGCGUGACGGUCGAGUACCGUCUCGCGCCGGAACACCCGCAGCCCGCCGCGCUGGACGACGGGGUCGACUGGCUCUCGACGCGGCAGGAUGGGGAUCUCGCGCCGGUGACGGCGGCGGGGGUGCGGCAGGUGGCGGCGUUUGCGUUGGGGGCCGGGCGCGAGGGCGCGCUGGCCGGCCUGCCCGAGACCUUCAUCGAUGUCGGCGAGGCGGAUGUCUUCCGCGAUCAGGACGUGGCGUAUGCGAUGGCCCUGUGGCGCGAUGGCGUGGCGGCGGAGCGGCAUGUGUGGCCGGGGGCGUGGCAUGGGUUCGAUGUGUUUGUGCCGGAGGCGCGGACAGUCGCGAAUACCAGGGAGGUUCACAUCGUGCUUCUGCUGUCUGGGGAACUGACCGAGGUGGAACUGCUGGUCCGCCCUGGAGAGGACAUCGAGGACAUCGAGGACAACGCGCCGGACCCGGUCAUGGCAUUCGUCAAGCCGACGAAGAAUGGAGCUGGAGGUGCAGAGUCAGAGUCAGAGUCCGCGGGGGGGCAGGGUGAGGGCAACCUCUGCUGGCAGAAGGCAUACUACCGAACGAACCAGCCACCGGGACUCCGUCACUCGCAACAUCUCGAUCCAUUUCUCAGUCUGAAGAUCAACUCUUCUGCCAUAGUCCCGGCGUUCAAGACUCAUCGUGCAGAGAGUAUCCGUACUCUUCGAGACUACCCCCACACCUUCAUCCCAAAGGGCAAAACAAAAUCAAACAAAAUCAAAGCUACAGAGGACAGACUAAAGCAUCUUCCCUGUUAA